AUUUUCUUUAUAAUAAUCAAUGGUCUACUCAGGAUCCAUAUUCAUUUUAUGAUCAAAAUAUAACUUCAUUGUCAAGCGAUACACCAAUAAAUAGUUUUAUUAAACCUUCAUACGAUUAUCAAGUAAACCAAAAUCAAUUACACCCUCGAUCUAUGUAG